AUGGACGCCAACAAGGACGAAGCUCUGAAGUGUAUCGCCAUCGCUAGGUCGCGUUUGGCCUCGGGAAAUAAGGAAAUAGCGAGGAAGUUUGUUUUGAAGGCGUUGCGUCUGUACCCUUCGAUAGAUACAUCCGGCCUGGAGAGUUUAAUUGGCUCUCGACGGUCACCGUCGAAAGACAGAAAAGCUGAGGUGCCUCCUGCAACUAGCACUGACCCAUCCAAUGGCGCUUACGAUUCCGAUAACCAGUCGACUUCUUCAUUUACCAGAGCUCAGGCGGAAGCUGUCAGAAAAGUGUUAGCCUGUAAGGAUUACUACGAACUGUUGGGUGUUUCCAAGGAAAGUACAGAGGAUGAUAUUCGGCGUGCUUACAAAUCGCUUGCGUUGAAAUUCCAUCCCGAUAAAAACCGUGCUCCGGGCGCCACUGAGGCAUUUAAGAAGAUCGGUACUGCACUCAAUGUUCUGACUAAUCCGGAAAAGCGCCGUCGGUACGAUCAGUUUGGAACUGAAGAGGAACAACUACCGCGGCCCACUCGAGUUAGGCGACACGGUGACCCGUUUUUCCAGUACGACGGCGACGUUUUUACGAUGUUCUUCAAUGGUGGCUUCCCUUUUUCUCAAGUUUACCGGGGUCAUCGCCCUCCUCGCUCCAACGAAUCAGAACGCGAAAACAACUAUUUCAUCUACGUACAACUGAUACCGCUGCUGCUGAUCUUCGUCCUGUCAUUCUUCAGCAACUUCUUCGUGCAGGAUCCGUACUAUAGUCUGACCGAGUCAAGCAAAUAUGCGGUAAAACGCCUCACAACUGUCCAUGGGGUACCCUAUUACGUCAAGCACACAUUUAAUCACGAUUUCGAUGGCGAUAUCACACGAUUGGAAAACCAAGUUGAAAGGGAGUUCUCCAGCAAUCUGCGCGUUCGUUGCUACCGGGAACAGGAAUACAAACGAAAUCUGCUCGACCACGCCAUCUAUCAUAAUGAUGACGCUGCCAGAGAACGUGCCGGGCGUUUGCAACUGCAUAGCUGUGAGCGGUUGGUUGAAGUGUUUGGCGAAUAG